AUGUUCAGCUGCUGCACCGACACGCGGGCCACUGAUGCUGAGGAGGUCCCUCUGCAGGGCCCAGUCUCCGAGGAAGAAGUGAAGAAGUCUUGGGCAAACAAACCAGAGACUUUCGAAGUGGAGGUUGCACACGCAAGUGGCACAGAUGGUCUGGACAUCGGUCACCACGAAUCAAAAUAUCUGAAGAUCAAGGGGGUCAAGGAUGGCAGCGUUGGGGAACACAACAAGGCUCACCCAGACAAGGCCUUAAAGGAGGGCGACUUCAUCAUGGCUGUGAACGGCGUGAAGGGCGUCUCUGCAGAUAUGCUGGCUGAGAUGAAGAAGAAACAGACAUCGAAAAAGUUGCAACUACUAGUCAGUCGCUUGCAGGCUGAGGUGUGCUUGGACAGACACAGGGGCUUAUUACCUGAAUGCCGCAAACGACCCCAACCAGCGUGA